GUUAAUAGAUCUAUGAUUUAUCUUUAACUUGAUUAGGAGUACAAUACUACUAUUUGAGAGAUAGAAAUGGAAUAUUUUUUUAAAAAAGGUUAACCUCCAAUCCUACUCACCAUAGGCCUUCAUGAUGCUCAUAAUCAUUGCCUCUUUCAAUGAUUAAAAGCUCUUUUGAUUCCAAGCUUUACAAAACCAUCAGAAACUUAAAUUUGAAGACUAGAUAAAAUCCGAGACCAAAAAGCAAAGAAGAAGGUAUUAAAAACAUGGUAAGAAGAAACGCAGUCCAUGCCAUUUCAAGUCUUCCUUCGAGGGUCUGGUGGCCACAGCAAAGGAGGAAAGGAAAACGAGCCGUGGUGCGGUUAGGAAACCGACGAAGAGGGUUCUUGGUUGGACCACCGAGGAUGGUGGUGCAGAGAUGGAGAAUGAACAUCAUAGGAAAGCCGAUGAAGUUGAUGAGAUAUAUCAUUUUGGGGAUAAUCUCAAACGGUGGAAACGUCAAGAUCUUGAAUGCUUACCUUUGGUCUUUACCAAUUUUACGUCCUCAGUUGUUUUCACUAUGUUGAUUUUGUAACUUGUGAAAAAUUGUAAUACUUUAUCUUGUUCUUAUUUUUAAUUCUUAUUAUUUUCCUAUUUUUGAUUUAUUUUUAAUCACAGUAAUGCUAAGAGUUCCUUCUAAAAGCUUCCGAUAAAGAUGAUCUAAGUCAUGACAACUUUCGGC